CUUAUCCUGCAGUGUAGGUAUACUAAUGUUCCAGUGAUGUAAGUGUGGCCUGCCGACACGCUAGACAACAUGGGGUAUUGGCUGUCACUGUUGCUCUGUUGCGCUGUCGUGCAACACGUGUUGCCAAAGUACGUCGACCCACAAAUCUACAUGAGAUCGCCGGAAAUGAUACGGUUCAAUGGCUAUCCCGUGGAAAUCCACAACGUGACGACUAAGGACGGCUUUAUCCUGGAGACCCAUCGCAUUCCACGGGGGCGACGGCCAAACAAACCAGUAAUCAAUAGACCAGUCGUUCUGUUUCAACAUGGGCUAAACGCUGGGUCCGACUCGUUCAUUGAGAAUGGAGCUGAUGGUAGCCUUCCUUUCAUACUGGCUGACGAAGGAAUGGACGUGUGGUUGUCGAACAGUCGCGGGAACGCAUACGCCAUGAAGAACACACACUUCAACUACACUCAGGACGAGUUCUGGGCAUGGAGUUGGGACGAGAUGGCGACUCGUGACCUGCCCGCAGUGGUUGACCAUAUUCUCGGGAUGACCAAUGUGUCCCAGCUGUAUUAUGUUGGACACUCCCAAGGAACCACAACCAUGUUCGCCCAGCUCAGCCAGGACCCUGUCUUCGCCAAAAAGAUAAAAUUGUUCAUCGCGUUUGCACCCAUUGGGAAGUUAGGACACAUCAAGGGUAUACUGAAAUUGAUAGCUGACCUUACACCUAGCGCAGACGACAUUUACAAGGUAUUCGGGCGAAAGUAUUUCCUGAUGAACUCCUCUGUCGCUACAGACCUGGCUGCCAAGGUGUGUAAUGAAGAGCCGGUGACCUUUGUCUGCUCAGUCGCCACCAGUAUCACUGGAUUCGACAUCCAACAGACUAACUGGACUAGAGUACCAAGAUACCUUGCUCACGCCGCUGAGGGUACCUCUGUCCAGAAUAUGAUCCACUACAUUCAGGAAGUUAAUUCGGACCUUUACCAGAAGUUUGACUACGGUUCCCCAGACAAGAAUAUGGCGAAAUAUAAUCAGACUACGCCACCACGCUAUGCUAUUCAAAAUAUCAAGACGCCGGUAGCUUUUUAUAACGGGAACAAAGAUUGGCUGGCCAAUCCAACUGAUGUCACAUAUCUCUUGGAUAACCUACCAAACAUUGUGAAGAAGAGAACAUUCCCUAACUGGGACCACGUGGAUUUCAUCCUAGCUAUGGAUGCGCCGAAAAUAUUAUAUCCGGAAGUGUUACAAUUGAUCAAAGAUACACAUGCAAUGGAAUAAACGUACUUGCAAUGUAUGUUGUAAUAAAUUGAAUAUUUAUUUGUUAUCGAUGGAUAAACUAGGUUUGCUUGGGUGCGUUCCUUAAUAUUACUCAUCAUAUCAUGGACCUUUUCGACAAUUCCGAAUGUCAGAAUGCAGGGGUGAUUGAUGAGCCUAUUCAAUUGGGUGUUUCACUCUUCCAAAUAGCUCAUAUCGC